UGUGUGUGUGUUUGGAUGGGCGGGUGUCAGGAUGAAUAGGCCACAGCCAACAGACAGUAGCAGGGUACAGCCCCUGAGAGUUAAUGAGGUCGCUUCCUGAACAUUACACACAAAAACGAAAGUCACAGAGAGAAACAAGUGCACAUGGUGACGGAGAGCGACGGAACAGCAACGCAGAAACAGCGCAGGCAGCAUGACCCAGUGGAAGCAGAUUCAGCAGCUGGAGAUCAGACUCCUGGAACAUGUGGACUACCUGUAUGAUGAUAACUUCCCCAUGGACAUCCGCCAGGGGCUGUCCAGCUGGAUCGAGUCUCAGGAUUGGGACAUCGCGGCUAACGACGAGUCCAUGGCGGCGGUGCUGUUCACCAACCUGCUGUCCCAGCUGGACAGGGUGCGCUCACAGGAGCAGAACUUCCUACAAAGACACAACAUGAAAAUCAUCCAACAGCAGCUGCAGGUGAAAUACGCAGCAAACCCAGCUGUCAUGGCCAGGGUUAUCUCCACGUGCCUGAGGGAAGAGCGGCGUAUCCUCUCCAGCGCCUGCAUGCAGGAACAGGGUCCACUGGAGAAAUCCUUGCAGAAUUCAGUGGCCUUCGAGCGGCAGAAGAACAUGGACACUAGAGUCGGGAACAUAAGGGCCAGCGUGCAGUUGAUGGACCAGGCUGUGAAAUUCAUCGAGGACAUACAGGAUGACUUUGAUUUCCGCUACAAAACCCUUCAGUCUCGAGAAUCAACAGAUCCUCGGCCAAACUCUGAGACGAUGAAACAGGAAGUAACAAGACUGCAGGAAAUGCUGAACAGGCUCGACUUUAAAAGGAAGGAGAUCUUGUCAAAGAUGGAAGUCGUGAUUAAGGAGAUCGACGACCUGAUGACGUCUCAGCUCCAGCCCGAGCUGCAGGACUGGAAGCGCCGGCAGCAGAUCGCCGCCAUCGGGGGGCCGCUGCUCACGGGCCUGGACCAGCUGCAGAGUUGGUUUACUCUGACCGCCCAGAGUCUCUUCCAGAUCAAGCGUCAGCUGGACAAACUGGUGGAGCUGGUUGUCAAGGUCACCUACGAAAGUGACCCGAUCCCCUUGCAAAGACCUCAGAUGGAGGAGCGGAUCAAAUACCUCAUCUACCACCUCAUCAAGAGCUCGUUUGUGGUGGAGAAGCAGCCGUGCAUGCCCACGCAUCCUCAGAAACCCCUCAUCAUCAAGACCGGAGUCCAGUUCACCACCAAAGUCAGACUCCUGGUUAAACUUCCAGAAGUGGAUUAUCAGCUGAAAGUCAAAACCACGUUUGACAAGGACCUCCCCCCCGGCAGAGUAAGUCGUCAGUUCUUCAUCCUGACCAACAACACUAAAGUGAUGGACAUAGAGGACUACUCCAACGGCUGCCUCUCCGUGGAGUUCAGACACCUGCAGCUGAAAGAGAAGAAAUACAUCAACGGCACGAAGGGGAACGAGGGUCUCCUCUCCGUGACGGAGGAGCUCCACUACCUCAGCUUUGAGGCUUGCUUCACGGUGCAGGGUCUCACCAUCGAUCUGGAGACGUGCUCCCUGCCUCUGGUGGUCAUUUCCAACGUGAGCCAGCUGCCUGGAGGAUGGGCGUCCGUCAUGUGGUACAACCUUCUGACUGAUGAGCCCAGGAACUUGGCGUUCUUUGGGAACCCCCCUCGGGCCACCUGGAACCAGCUCUCUGAGGUCCUCAGCUGGCAGUUCUCCACCUUUGCGGGCCAAGGCCUCAACCGGGAGCAGCUCUCCAUGCUGGGGGAGAAGCUCCUCGGUCAGCACGCCUCCUGUAGUGACUAUCAAGUGUCCUGGUCUAAGUUCUCAAAGGAGAAUAUUCCAGGAAAGCCCUUCAGCUUCUGGAUGUGGCUGGACUCAAUUCUGGAGCUCAUCAAGAAGCAUCUGCUCCAGGUCUGGAAUGAGAACUUGAUCAUGGGCUUUGUGAGUAAAGAGAUGGAGCGCUGCCUGCUGAAGGACCGAUGGCCUGGCACGUUCCUCCUACGCUUCAGUGAGAGCCACCUGGGAGGAAUCACCUUCACCUGGGUGGAGCACAACGACAAUGGGGAGGUGAAGUUCAACUCUGUGGAGCCGUACACUAAGAACCGGCUCAGCGCGCUCCCAUUUGCAGACAUCAUACGAGACUACAAGGUGAUCUCAGACGGGGUCGUCCCAGAGAACCCGCUCAAGUUCCUGUACCCCGACAUCCCCAAAGACGAAGCCUUUGGACGGCUGUACAACAGCCAGCCGAGCAAAGUCCAUCCAUACAUCGCCUCCAUCCUGAUCCCCAUCUCAGAACUACGUUCUCCAGCCAGCUCCACCCCCCUGUCCUGCCAGUCUCCCGAGCCCCCCAUGACUCCCGGGGAGUUUAACAUGCUCAACGAGCACCUGUGCUUCGACAUUGACACCAUGAGCUCUUCAUAUUCAGAGUGACGCCAGAU